AUGCAAAGUUCAAGUCCCAUUUUCCAGACCCCCUCUACUCCCGGGCGUUCAUCUUAUUAUUCCGCAAGGAGUCACCAACCACUUACUUCGUCACCACUGGCUUCUCCGAAAUCAUCGCCGGUGGCUGCCGCACAAGCAAGACGACAAGCCCAAUACAAAACUCGCGUAACCAGUUCAUCCAGAAGUGCGGCAACCCAGCUCCCAUGCACACAUGCUGGCAGUCAAACGCCAGAAAACCCUCAAAAAACAUUUUUACGUGAUCGUUUUAAAGCGCGAUGUCUUGAGCGCGCGCAGAAACAACGACAUGAUAAAGUCCAAAAGCAAAGGACAAGUAGCAGCAGUGAUGUGUUUUUUGAUGCUGAGAUGGACUGCGAUGAGGAUGAGGACGAUGAAUUUGUUAUGCAAGAUGAGCUCUUUCGGAGAAUCAUUGCCAAUACUGCACAUAAGCAAAAACACUCCUAUCGCCUUUCGUAUUCAUAUGAUGUCGGAUCUUCCUUUGACCCAGACAUGGAGGAUGCAAACCGGUGGGAAAGCGAAUUGCAAGAAAUGCCCCCUGACAGUUAUAGUGUGACGCCGGAGGACCUCGAGCAAGAGGAAAUUGAGGCUUACGCCGCAGAAUAUGCAAACUGGCAAGAAUUGUCGGAUCUGGGUGUUAGCGUCGAUGACUUCUCGGCGUGGAGUGAUAUCGAAGAUACCCCAGUGUCGUCACCGCAAAUGAUGCACAAGGCAGGACGUUCGUCAGAGGAUCAGGAUAUGGAUGUGUCCUAA